AUGAAUUCAACGACGAAUACUGAGGAGCAAUAUUAUGACGAUUUAUACUUCGAUUCAGAUUCAGCAGACGAAGAGACGGAGAAUUCAAUUAAAGAAUCAAAAAAAAUUUUAAAACAUGAACAAAGAAAAAAAUUGACGAAUGAUGAACUUUUUUAUGAUGAGAAAUUAGAUGAUGACGAUGAACUUUGGAUGGAAAAGAAAUUGUCUCAGCAUGCAUCAGAUGCUAUCUUGUCCUGUCCCCUAUGCUUUACUCCAUUGAGUUAUCACACACAAAAACACGAACUUUAUUCAAAUCAAUAUCGAGCAAUUUUUGUGGAAAAUUGUAAAAUCAUUAAAACAGAGAAACUGUUGUAUGAUGAAAGUAAACGAAAAACUAAAAAGCGUCAAAAUGGAGAUAAUUCAUCGAAUGGAUCCAACGCUAAGCAAGAAUCUUAUUAUCCCGUCGAAUGUAAAACUUGUGGUACCAAAGUUGCUGUUAUCGAUGAAGACGAAGUUUUUCAUUUUUUUAAUGCUAUUCCUUCAUAA